ACGAUGAACUUUUUCUUAUGCUUGCCCGUGAGGAUGGUGAUGGAGCCCGACAGAUCGAGCCUGUACAGCCAUCAGCUAGAUAUAUACAGCAUGAUCCCGUGCAUAGUGACCUCUGCCGCUGGGCUGGUGGAGGCCCGUCACCAGCCAUCGUGGUCCCCCGAUUUUAUGCUAUCAGAAGGGGAUGUUUGCUCGUGCCGGAAGUAUGUUUGCUCACAAAGGAAGAGUUGUGAAGCGAGCAAGGGAUGUCUCGGACGUUCAAUGAGAAAGUGUUAUGAAGUCAGCGGGUUCAC